AUGCUUGAUGUGGUGGCCUUCAUAAGCUUUGCUCAACUCAGCCCCAGCCCCAGCCCGGGGCCACCUAUAACCCGGGGCAACACGCGGCCGCCUAUGGACCUGUCCCGGGCGGCCUCCCUGGCGCUCCUCGGGGCUCUGGAGGACCGCCUGGACACCAUGAGGUUGGGGUCCUUAGACACGCUGGCGGAGGCGGCGCUGGCGGCGGAGGCGGCGGAGGGGGCUGGCGGUGGCGGCGCCUCCGCCGCCGCCAGCGCGGCGUCCCCUUCGGGCGCCCCACGCCACUCGCCUUGUGGCGGCGGAGGUGGAACCUCCCUAGACGUGCUGCCGCCGCUGUUGACGUUUCUCGGUGCGGAGGUGGAUGAUGGCGGUGUACGGCGGGGUAAUGGACCGACGGGGCUGCCGUCAGGCUUCUUGAGUGCCGGAGCUGCUGCUGCCUGUAUGCCUGGUGCGCCGGGUAGUAGUGGCGGCAGUGGCGGCGGCGGCGGCGGCAGCAAUGGCAGUGGUGGAGGCUCCGCUGCACCCGCAAUGCCUGCGGCCACCCCGUUUGCAGCCGUGGCGACGACAGCGGCAGCGGCCGCUGCUGCCGCUACGACGACGCCGCCACUGCGGCCGUCAUCGCGGUUUUUCCUGACAGGGCUCAGCUCUUCUGCCGCAGAUGCCAUCGCCGCUAGCAGCCCUGGGGUCAACCUGGCCGCGGCGGCGGCGCACGUGCCGGAUCACUCCGCCUUGGCCACAGACGACGCUGCCGCCGGCCUGUGCCGUACAGGGACCUUCGGGGUAAGGCCGCCGCCGCCGCCGCCGCUGCCGCCGCCGCCGCUGCCGACGUCGGUGCCGUCGGGGGUGGCAGCGAGACCCGGAUUAACAGAGCGCCACCGAACCCCUCAUGGUGUUUGUCGUACUGGCGAUGCCGCGACACCGAGCGACCCGUCUGAGUGCUUACCUCCGCAUUCGCCGCCGCCGGCGCAAUCACCGCCGCCGCCGCAUUCGCCGCCGCAGAAACGGCCCGGCCAAAUUGCCCCGCGUCUACAGCACCACCAGCAGUAUCAUGCAGGAUCAGGAUCAGGGGGCUGGGAUCCCCCCUGGGUUAGGGAUCAGGAGCAGCAGCAACCGCCGCCGCCGGCGACAACGGCGACGGUGGCGAUGUCGCUGGCGACACAUGCGGCUCUAAACCGCCAGGUUGCAGUGCCGCCGCCGCCGCCGCCGCCGCCGCAGCAGCAGCAGCAGCAGCAGCAAGGCCAUCCGUGUCGGCCAUCCGCGCUGCUGAAUAAGCCCCUCCAAGCACAGUCACCGCCGACGCCACGUCAACACCAACAGGAUCGCCAACAACAACAACAACAACUGCUGAUUGGGGUUGCUGGUGCUGGUGGCUGUAGCGGCAGUAGUAGUUGUACGGCCGUCCAGGAUCGUCAGCCGAGUGAGAGCGCACCGACGCAGCUUGGGCAUACCACCGCCGCCGCCGCCGCCGCCGCCCCCUCUGCCAGCAAAAGGCAGCGGCAACAGCCUUCGGGGCAUCAGCCUCAGCAGCCUCAGCAGCAGAGUCGGCUACUGCUGGGUGAUGGGGUCUUAGAGCGGGGGGCGGCUCACGUGGACAAGGACGCGGGCGAGGGUGGCGAGGAAGCAAGGAGGAGGAAGAGGCUGGCGGAAUGGCCGCCGCGGGUAGGCGGUGCCGGCGGCGGCGGCGGCGGUGGCGGCGGCAACAAUGGCCAGAUAUCACCCGGGGAAGGGUCCGACGGUGGUGGCGGCGGAUCCCUGCCGCGGCGGCGUCCGCGACAAGCUGCUGCACAGGCAGCGGCGACCAUUGCCGCCGUCGCGCGGGACUUGUACGGCAUACGCGGUGACAAAGCCGCCUGUGAUAGCGGAGGCGGCGGCGGGGCCGGAUUAGGGACGGCAGUUGACGACGUCUAUGACGGAGGUGAUGGUGGCGGUAGUCUGGCUGUUCCGACCGCCGCCGCCGUCGCUGCGGCGCCGUCAGGUGGUGCGUCCGAGGCUGCUGCGGCGGCGGUCGCGAGCCGAGACGGACAUUCCGCUGUCCGGCAGCUACAGCAACAGCAGCUACAGCAGCUACAGCAGCUGCAAAUACAACCAUCGCCAGGCAAGAAACUAAAGACAGGCGACGCCGCGGCUGCAGGGCCGCCGGCAGCGGCGGUGGCGACGGCGCAGCGCGCUGCCAAGAUCGCUGAGUUGGCGUUCUGCAGCGGCGGCGGCGGCGGCGGCGGCAUUGCAGCCGCGCCGAUGGAGGCGGCGGAGGCUGAGGUGGCGGCGGCCUUGGCGGCUGCCGAGGUGCAAGAAGCCGCCGCCGCCGCCGCCAUCGCCAUGGACGGGCCUUUUAAGGGCAAUCGAAACAGCGACAAAACCAUCAGCUUCACUGGCUCGUGGCAGCGUCGGGAGCGGAACCGACUCGCCGCUCGGAAGUGCCGUGCAAAGAAGAUGGAGUUCAUCGCGCACAUGCAGGCCCAGCUGGACGCCAUGGCGGCGCGCAAUGAGGAGCUCCGAGUGCAGCUGGUGGCUUUACAGCGAAUGUACAGCAGGGAGGUCCAGCUCAAGGAGGUGCUCAAGAUUGUCGUCCAGGGGUGUUGGGACAUGUACGGUUCUGGAUCCAAACUGCCGUACACCGCGGAGGAGGUGCUGGCUGGCUUGGAGGCAGGGUCGCUGGAAGUGGGGGAGCUGCUGGCCGUACUGGCGCCGUACAUGGCACCGCCGCCUUCGCCGCAGCUACUGCUGGCGCCGCCGCCGCUGACGACGACGGCAGCGAACCCCGCUGGUGGCUGGCGCAACUCGCCCGCACCGCCACAACCGCCGCCGGCGCAAAGGCAGCCGACGGGCGGAAUGGUCGCUGGCGACAAGGCACGUACAGAGUACGAGAUGUACAACGAAGGCGGCGAUGAUGGACCUGACAUGGCGAUCGAGACCUCUGGUUCAGUGGGUGCGGGGGGGCUGUUAGAGGCGGAGUUGCUGGGUGGUGGAGGCGGGCGAGGCCGGGGGCCCGGAGAGAGCCGGGCCCCUGUCACCGCGGGUACGACAGGGCCAAAGCACCCGCUGCCUGGCGCUGUACGGCAUGCUGACGGAAUGCAGCAACUUGGCCCAUUGGGUCUGCUGGGUGGUGCGCGGAGUUUCGGAGCCCGGGCCGGUCCGUACAUGCUCCAGAACCCACACCGUACAACACCGUUUAUCCAGACCCCAAUUCCGCCACUGUCGGCGACAAGCAGCCCUGGGACGGGCGGGGCAGCUGCCAAUGCCGCUGCCGCUGCAGCGGCGUUUUUCAGCGGCGCCGGCGUCAGAGCCAGCGGCGGUGGGAUGGCGCUGCCGUGGCGGGAUGCCGCGGAUGGCAUCAACCACAUGACAGCGGCUCAUGAAGGCGGUGCCGCCGCCGCCGCCGCCGGGCCCAUAGGUCGGCCGAUUCCACAGGUGUUGAUGCCGGAGACGUUCUCGCCGCCUGCGCCGCCGUGCAGCUCCCCAGCCGGUGGCGGCGCAGCUGCCGCCGCGACCGGGUUGCCUCCCCCCACCUUCUUCCCCUGGCGCGGAUGGGGGCCUAUACAGCAUCUCCACGCAGCGGCAUUCGCCGCCCCCGGGAUUGCUGCCGGCGGGGGCAGUGGCGGCGGCGGCGGCGGCUGUGCGGCAGCGCCCAAUUUUGAGACCCUGCAACUCCCAACUCUGCCAUCUCCUGGGUCAGUGCUUUCUGCAACCGCUGAAACGAACUUGCUGCCGUUGGCGGCUGCGGCAGCGGCGACCCCACCUUUGCCGUACUCUGUCCUGGGUUUCAUGGUCCAAGACGGCGGCGGUACGGCCGCAGCGAUGGGCCCUGCGCCUGGGGGCGAUGCAGCUGCUAUGGCGCCGCCAGUGCCGCCGCCGCAGUUCCAGGUGAUGGACCUCGCCCAGGCUGCAACUUCGCCGAAACGCAACAGUCCACCGCCGCCGCUGCCGCAGCAUAUAGCGCCCCGCAUGGCCCUUCCAGCGGCGCCGCCGUUGCUGCUACCCCCGCUGCUGUCAUCACAGUCGUUGUUGUCUGCCGGGGGGUCUGUUGAUCCCGCCGCGGCUGCCGGCGACGGCACCGGCGGCACCGGCGGCACCGGCGCUGUGCCGGGCCCGACGGCGUUGGCAUUCGAUCACAUUCCUCAGUCAGCGGCUGCCGCCGCCCCCAGCAGCCCUUUCGGCGCCCUGGGUGUAUUGCAGGCGAGGGCCUUACGGAGCGAGGCAACGUGUUUCAGGGACGCCGGCAGGCCGUACGGCCCGUAG